AUGUCUCUCAUCCAGCUGGAAGAGCUCGUCACGUACCAGCUUCGCACUGGCUAUCUCAAUGAAAUCGCCGACGGCGUGGGCGAGCGACUCAUCACCGUCAACGACAGCAGCAUCAACACCGCGCCCUUCAAGUCAGCUGGCUGGCGGCCAAACUCGUCACAUAUCAAGCGGACGCAUUCUCCGCCGAUACCAACGGCAAUUGCUUCAGAAUAUUUCCAGGCGCCUCGGCAGGCAGGCUUGACGCUGGAAGAUGGCUACGAAGACGGCGGUCUGCUUACUGGCGGAGGGGCCGACACCAUGGGUCCGGGAGCAGCAACCAAGAGGCGCAGGCGCCGAGAGCAGAUGGAAGAAGAAGACAGCAGUGACUUUAGCGACGAGAGCGAUGAUGAAUCCGAACAUCGGGCGGCACAGCAAAUCAAGUUCGCCAAGAUGCCCGUGAGACACCGCGCCGGAUCCUCACCCGGCCAAGCCUCUCAUAUCCCGCCGAUGAAUACUUCUCCUCGAGCCCCCAGACGAGGCUCCCAGUCUUCGCUCAACAUCCUGCCGGGACGACCGCGACGAGACACCGUGACUAGCAGCGAGGUAUCCUCUGAGAAUGAGUUCGACGUGCCCGUUGCGUACAGACAUAGGGAGGCUGCACGAGCGGCGACGAGGGCAAUGAGAAUGCAAGACAAGAUCAACGAAGAGCCCUCUCCAGGCGUGCAGAUUGCGGACCCUCUACACGAUGAAGAUGAAGACGAUUCCGACGAGGCAUCGGAUAUAUCAGGAGAGUAUGUUGCAAGCAUUGACGAAGCCUCGAUUCUCGACGUUGUGGAGAACAACCCGAUGAAACCCCCCAUGAAUGCGUCUCCUACCCGACAAGUAGUAGGCACACCUCCCAGAGAAUUCACCCGACGACAAUCUACUAUUCGAAUAUCUCAUAUGCCGACGUCGUCUGUUUUCGAUGCGCUACCGCCUCCGCGCCCGAUGAGCACUAUCCGGCCUCUCAGCGUGGUUCAGCCCCAAAGUCUACUCUCCGCGGCCCUAAAGGCUAAGCGACACAAAUCUAGCGUACCCUUUCAAAAGUUUGCACAUUUCAACGGAGAGGGAACGCAGGGAGCUAUUUCUAUCCGUAUUUACGCGGCAUUUUCCGAUACUCCUAGCAAGUACUUGGAAGUAGUUAUUCGACCCAGAGUACAGAGUGGCCAGGGAGCAGAGAGGGCUGUCACAAUAGCUGAUCUGAUCGGCCUGGGGUUGUAUAGAUACAAUGAGGAAAAGAGGGAGCCGCCGAUAGCUCCCAAGAAGCGCAACAUCAACUGGUACACGCUCAGAAUGGUGGAAGAAGGAGGCGAGGUGGACGAUGAUUUCCCACCGUUUGACCGGACAAAACCUCUCACAUCGGCCACCACCGUCAACAAUGCACAUAUGCGAGGCGGCGGACGGGGGCGAUCCAACUCUAAAGUCUACGACGAGUUUGCCAUCGUUGCCGCUACGGAAUCUGAGUAUGAGGCAAACCAAAGAUUAACUCCCCAGGAAGACGAGGAGGAAGAAGCGCAGCCGUCUCAGGAUAGCAUCCCAGAGGAGGCAGUAUCGCCCAAGUCUGAAGUGCCCAAAAUCGAAAACGCCCCUGGAGUUGGCAAUCCCAACUUUGGCGUCUUCUCACCUCCGCAGUCGAGUCAUCCGCGACCAAAUCCUAUUUUGAAUACAGCGUACCGGCCAAACGUGCUCCUGGCAGAUGCUCCCCAGACACGGACAACGGUGUCCAACGCAAUGCGAGGCCAGCAGAAGCUGCUACGGGUCUUUAUCAUGUCGUCUGAUACGGCAGCCGGUCAAAUGGUCACGCUUGACAUCACCACCGACACGUACCUGGCGGAAGUACUAGACCAAGUAUGCCGCAAGAGAAAUCUUGACAAGGCGAACCACGUACUGAAGCUGCCUGGAUCUGGAGCGCUGGUCAUGUUGGACCGGCCAGUAUCGUCGAUAGGAAAUGUCACGGAUCUGGAACUAUACCGACGUCGGUUUGCAACAGACGGCCCGCUAGCAACAACAGGCUCUCUAGGAACCUCGUCACCGAAGAUGGUGGCCAUGCUGGAAGGACCCCAGCCGCCACGAAAGGGCCACAAGAAGGCCGUCGGCUCGCACCCGCUGGCACGCGAGGUCAUCCAGCCUGACGAGCUCCCCAGCGCCAACUACAAGCGGUACACGGUGUGGCGCAAGCAGCCAAUGCGGAUUGUGGGCAUGAGCGAGCGAGUCUUGGUGAUUGACGGCGAGUACAUCCACAUUGUGCCGGCUUCCGGAGGCAAGGCCAUGCAGGAGGGUGGAGGCAAGACGACGACGGUGCACUUCAGCAACGUGAUCGGGUGCAAAGUGCCUCGAAAGCACCCCACCAACGUCAAGCUUGUCGUUUACAAAGCCACCGAGAGCAAACGCUACGACUUUGAGGCUCGGGGAGCUGACGAAGCUGCUGAGAUAGUGGCAGAGCUGAAGAAGGGCAUUUCGCCUUAUAGAGAGGUUUGA